AUGAAGAUUACCCAGUCGUCGUCGUUCCUUCUCUUCCUUCUUCCCGCCAUCGCGGCCGCUCUCACCGACACCACAUAUAAUGACAAUAUAAAUUCUCGGGUUUCACGUGGUGCUUCUGAUGUCAAUUAUCCCUCCGUUGACUCAGACACAGUCGCAUCCAAUGUUGCCAAAGGAGCGCUGGACGUUCCUGUGGAUGGCAAGGAUGGCAGACCGCACGCUGGCCCAUGGGUGGAAACCAGCGGUGAUCGGGAUCGAAAGAGCGCCAAAGGAAGCGAGGAAAUUGAGUCAGCUUCAACAAAAUACGAUACCAAGAUACCGUCGGCGCAGCACAUCAGCACCGAAGAUGGGAAAGUGAUCCCGCAUUCGAACGGCGGCGUCAUGGACGAUCCGCAUCGUGCGGGCCCGAAAGAAGGCACUCGGGGCACCGAAGGUGGUGUCACGGAGAAAGGAAAGGAAAACCAAUACACAUCCGAAAAGGUGCCCGGUAGUCCCAAAGAGGCGCCUCCAUUGCCGCACAGCGAGACGAAGAAGCUGGCGUCUGACAGCGAUGGCACAACGGUUGGCAGUGGAGGUCGGACCGCAGAGGGCGAUGGCACCCUCGGGAUGCUUGAGAAACCCGCCGAUUUGCCGGAAAAGCCUCAUGAUAUCCCACAUCCUAAGCCGCCAGCCAUGGUCAAUGGCGACCCGCUCGCUCUUGAACAUGGCACCCUCGGCUCCGGCUCAUCUUCCAGUUCGUCUUCCUCGCUGAGCCACGAGUCGGGCUCCGAUAUUCCUGAACAAGGCAGCUCUCUGCACUCCCUGGUCUUCUCCUUUACUAUGAUUCUCGUCUCUGAGAUUGGGGACAAGACUUUCCUUGUUGCUGCUCUCAUGGCAAUGCGUCACCCCCGUCUGGUAGUCUUCUCAGCCGCGUUCAGUGCCUUGAUUGGCAUGACUGUCCUCUCAGCUGUCUUGGGCCAUGCUGUUCCUACCUUGAUCCCCAAGACCUUCACAAAGUUCUUGGCUGCUGUUCUCUUCCUGAUAUUCGGUGUGAAGAUGCUAAAGGAAGGCCGCGAAAUGUCCCCGGAUGAGGGAGUCGGCGAGGAAAUGCGCGAGGUCGAGAUGGAACUGGAAGAGAAGGAGCAUCAGCAGCAGCGUAUGGACCGCCGUCGCUCUUCAGUUACUCCCCACUCCCUCGAGGCUGGUCGUGCUGGCCGCCCCAAGACCCGUGGCUCUGGUAACCGCCUGCCUUCUCCCCCUGAGAGUGUGUCUUCUUCCUCUUCUCGUGGAUCUUCUCCUCAACCCCGCCAAAGACUCAAUGACCUCAUUUCUGGACUGAACAACCUCUUCUCGCUGCUUCUCAGCCCCGCCUGGGUGCAGACCUUUGUCAUGACCUUCCUCGGUGAAUGGGGCGACCGUAGCCAGAUCGCAACCAUUGCCAUGGCAGCCGGACAGGACUACUGGUGGGUGACUAUCGGAGCCAGUGCCGGCCAUGGAAUUUGCACAGCUGCAGCGGUUAUUGGUGGCCGAGCCAUUGCUGGCAAGGUCAGCAUGCGUGUUGUGACUCUCGGCGGUGCCGUUGCCUUCCUCAUCUUUGGCGUUAUCUACUUCAUCGAAGCCAUCUUUUAG